AUGGAUGCCACAAACAACUCCAUGUCUGUCCCUAUUCAACCUUGGUUUAUUCCCAUCGACAUUCUCGAUAUUAUCUGCCUCACCAUUGUUCUCAUUAUCGUCUCAUUUUUCUUAACUAUUAUUAUAUUGGACAAAACCUGUCAUUCCAUUCCGAUGCUUUUAGUGGCCAACUCAUGUGUGACUGAGCUGAUAUUCACAGGUGACAUCCUGUGGAUGGCCAUUAUCACUUUACAGAAUGAUCUCACCAACAAUACCAAUCCUGAUUCGCUUUGCAUUUUCCGUGGUUAUGUUAGUUAUGUAAUGUGUUGUGCUCAGAAUUACUCUUAUCUUCUACAAGCUGUAAAUCGAUAUCUGAGUGUUGUAUAUCCAACAAGAUUAUUUUGGCAAACAAAACGAGUUCAAAUCUUUCUGAUUGUGAUCAUGUGGAUCGUUGCUAUUGUAUGCGCGUGGCCACAUUUGUUUACCUCUAGAAUCAAUUAUUUGCCUGACAAUCAAAUAUGUCAAAUGCCCCUUCAAUUCAGUAUUAUUUCACUAUAUAACGUAUUUUUUUUGUAUAUAAUUCCAAUGAAUAGUAUCAUAUUGAUUUAUUUGAAACUGGUUCGGUAUGUGAAAGCAAUGAACACACGUAUAACCCCUGUCAAUACUCUGCUUCGAGCUCGACGAGACUUGACGAUGGUUUACCGAAUAGUGAUUCUUGUCUUCAUCCUGCUGGCACUUGGUUUUCCAUAUGUAGUGUUUAUUUUCAUGGGAUAUUUUUCAACGCCACCUCGGUAUCAUUUCCGUAUUGCAUAUGUUUUCAUAGAUGUUUCGUUAGUGUUAAUCAUGGUGACCAUAUUCAGAAUCACUGAUCCCUUGAGAGCAUCCAUAAUGAGACGGGUAAAUCGUCGAGAAAUUACAAAUGUAGUCACGGUAACGUAA